CGCGCGUCAUUCUUGUCAUUCUCAGCAUCAUUGUCAUUUUUAGUGUUACACCCAUAUAUAUAUACUACAGUAUAAUUUCAAGUAAAAUUUUAUACAUUAUUUAAAUAUUUUAAAAUCUAUAUUGAUAAGUGAACAACGCCUUUUAUUUGUAUACCGGAUGAUGAUAAAAGGCGCUUUGUUUUGAAAUUGAAUUUCCUAAGUGCAGUUAAGUAUAGUUCGAGGUGCAAUUAAUUGAUCGUGAUUAUACAAAUGCCAUAAAUGGCACAUGGAUGUGUCAAUGAGUGUUUAAAAUAUUUUAAUGUGCUCGGAAAAUAUAUUUUAUAAAUAUAAUACAUAUAUGUGAAUCAUCAAUUUUAGCCUAUAGUGUAAAUGAAUGUGUUACACUUAACCGAUCUAACCUAUAAAAUCAUUUAACUCUGUUUAAAAAAAAAAAAAAACUAAAUCAAAACGGAGCGACGAAAGUAUUUCCGUUUUCGUAAAAAAAUGAGCUUAAGCAUCAGUAAGUUUUUUUCUAAAAAGAAACAUCACAGUGGUAAUAAUUUGGAAACAUUAAAUACAGCUGCCGAAAUUGGACUUCCAACAAAUGUAUCACAUCAGUUUCAUGUCAGCAAAAAUAAAUUCACAGGACAACUGGAAGGUCUUCCAGAUCCAUGGAUUCGAUUGUUAAACACGCAAAUAACAAAAUCGGAGCAAACACAACAUCCUACGGCAGCAUUGCAGGCUAUUAAGUAUUAUAAUUAUUCGAUUAAGAGAAAACCACAAGAAGAGGUUUUUAAACCAUUUGUAACGCAAGAUCUUAUCGAGGAAGAGUCACAGGAAAUUGAUAAGAUUUUGGCGAAAAAAUAUCAAUCAGGCGGUUCUGAUGGUUCGGCUUCUGCAAGUUCGACUGAUAGUCAGAUUCAAAGGGUACCCGAGCUACCGCCAAAAUUGGGAAAACCACCAAAGCCAGCACCACGUCAACAUACAAGAACGGAGAAAACAUUGACUGAAAUUUUGGAAGAUUUAAGUAACUAUCAAAUCGAAGACAACGAUGAUGAUGAUGAGAAUUCACACAAUGAAAUUCAUGUGCCUCAAGAAACAUUUAUACCCGACACAGAGGAAAGUCCUGUACUUCGACGUAAAACAGAAUACAUUGUCUCAAGACUCGGUGAUGAGGAAGUAUUUGAUGAAUUAAGAAAAAUUUGUCACUGUGACGAUCCAAAUUAUCGUUUCAAAAGAAGUAAAGAAGUUGGCGCCGGUGCAUCGGGAACAGUAUUUAUUGCCACCGAUCUUAAGAAUGGCGAGAAAGUUGCAAUAAAAAUAAUUGAUCUUUCAAAACAAUUGAAAAAAGAACUAAUUCUCACUGAGAUUAAAGUACUCAAAGAAUUUCAACAUCCAAAUCUUGUGAAUUUUCUCGACGCCUAUCUUCUCGAUGAACAUUUAUGGGUUGUUAUGGAAUUAUUGGAAGGUGGACCAUUAACGGACGUUGUCACUGAGACAGUAAUGAAGGAGGCACAAAUUGCCGCUGUAUGCCGUGAAGUUUUAAAAGCCAUAAGUUUUUUACAUUCAAAAGGUAUAAUUCAUCGUGAUAUUAAAUCAGAUAAUGUUCUAUUGGGAAUGAGAGGCGAGGUGAAGGUGACGGAUUUUGGAUUUUGUGCAAAUAUUGUUGGCGAUGAAAAACGACAAACAAUGGUUGGUACGCCAUAUUGGAUGGCGCCAGAAGUUGUAACACGAAAGCAAUAUGGAAAAAAAGUUGAUAUUUGGUCAUUGGGAAUAAUGGCAAUUGAAAUGAUUGAAGGUGAACCACCUUAUAUGAAUGAGGCACCAUUGCGUGCACUUUAUUUAAUAGCAUCAGCUAAUGGUAAACCAUCAAUUCCAAGAUGGAAUACAUUGAGUCCAUUGUUUCAAAAUUUUCUCGAAUGUUGCCUAGCCGUUGAAGUUGAUGAACGUUCAUCUGCCGAUGAAUUACUUGCACAUCCAUUUUUAGACAAUUGUGCCGAACUGAGUAGUCUUAAUCCGCUUAUUCGAGCGGCGCAAAAAGUUUUACACAAGGCUUUUUAAAUUCCAUAUAUAGUUUAUUUUUUUUUUUUUAAUAAUUAGUAGAGGAAAGUUUACUUUCGUCUCUUAGACUGAGGGCAAAACAAUUUUUUUAAAAAAAAAAAAAGCCAAAACGAAAGUUAAGAAAAAUUAAAUUAAUAUAGGAAAUUAUCAAAUUAAUUAAUGAAUUAUAAAUGAAAUUCAUUAUUUAUUUUUCUAAAUAAAUUUAAAAGAAAUCAAAUUUCAUUAAUUGAAAAUGAUUUUGUUUAAAUACUCUCCUCUACUUUUCACAAAAUAGAAAAAGGGAACAAUUGUAGUGCCAGUCACAUUUUGUAUUAAGAUUUAGUAUUAAUUACCAAAACUUUUUAUCAAUUGAAUUUUUAAAACAAUUUUACACAUUUUGUAGCCCUUUUUAUUGUAAAAGGAAAAAAAGAAUAUGUGCCUGAGAGCAUUUUUUUUUAUUGCUCAACGCUAUUAAUCCAUGUAUAUAAAAUAUAUUAGAUUGUAUUUAACAAU